UUCUGUCGCUCAUUAUUUCAGUGUCUUGAAACAUAUUCGACAUUUUUACAUAAUCUGACCGAGGACUUAACAUUUUUCUUUAAACUACUCUGCUUGGACGUCUUUAGCACUACAUUGUUUUUAUGUUUUACUGACGCUGUCGGGAAAAUGCCCGGUCUCGUGAUGUGGUACUCGGUAUUGUUUUCCUUCAUCCUUCUUCAUUGGGCAAGAGGACAGGUCAGUUACUCCAUUCCAGAAGAAAUGGAAAAAGGCUCCACUGUGGGAAAUAUCGCGCAAGAUUUGGGCUUGGAUUUACAGAGAUUGAGGUUAGGAAAAGCGCGCAUAUAUACAGGGGACAGUACUGAAUACAUUGGCCUCAGUAAAGACACGGGAUUGCUGCUCAUCAAAGAGAAAAUGGAUCGCGAGUCUCUUUGUGCAAAAACGACUCCGUGUGCUUUACAUCUUCAGCUGAUUCUGGAAAACCCCAUGGAAUUAUACACGAUUACGAUUGAAAUCACAGAUAUAAACGAUAAUCAACCCGCAUUUCAGAAAAAGCGAAUUAAUUUUGAGAUCAGCGAAUCGGCUGUAACAGGAGCGAGGUUCAUACUAGAAGGAGCUGUGGACGCGGAUGUAGGAGUAAACGAUCUCCAAAGCUAUUCUCUAAAGCCAACUGACAAUUUUGCCCUUGAACUGCACAGUCAAGCAGGCGGUGAUAAAAAAGUCGAAAUGGUUUUGCAAAAACCACUUGAUAGAGAAAAGAAAGGAGUGGUUACGCUAUUGCUCACCGCCAUUGAUGGCGGGGAUCCGCAGUUGUCUGGCACUGUUCAAAUAGAUGUUACUGUACUGGAUGUUAAUGAUAAUGCUCCUGUAUUUGCUCAAACGGAAUAUAAAGCAAUAGUGACGGAAAAUGCUAAAAAGGGGGUUAAAAUGGUCACAGUUAGAGCUACUGAUGCCGAUGAGGGAUCUAAUGGUCACGUGACGUACUACAUUGCAAGCAAAGAUGAUAUUGUGCGAAAUAUGUUUACGGUUGAUCAAAAUAGCGGUGAAGUAACUUUAAAUGGCCUCGUUGACUUUGAAAAGGCGAGUCACUAUCAGAUUGAUAUCCAGGCUAAAGAUCAAGGAGGGCUUUCUGACUCCUGUAAACUGAUUAUUGAUGUGUUGGACAUUAAUGAUAACAAACCAGUGAUAAAUAUACUCUCCAUGUCGAACUCUGUCUCCGAGGACUCCACACCCGGUACAGUUAUUGCUAUGAUGAAAGUAGAUGAUGCAGAUUCAGGUGUAAAUGGCCAAAUUCAGUGCAUAGUAGAUGACAAUAUUCCAUUUGCUCUUACAUCUCAAUCCAGUAAUUUCAUCAGUCUGCGUAUAGAGCAGCAACUGGACAGAGAGAGAAAUGCUGAAUAUAAUAUCAGUGUCACAUGCUCUGAUCAGGGGGUACCCACGCUCUCCAGCAGCACCUCUCUGUCUUUGCAGAUAUCAGAUGUGAAUGAUAAUGCUCCUGUCUUUGAGAAGAGUAACUAUGAGGCCUUUGUGGUGGAGAAUAACACACCUGGUCUCUCUAUAUUUACAGUCAAAGCCAGUGAUGCUGACUGGAAUCAGAAUGCUCGUGUUUCUUAUAUUCUAGAAGACAGCACUGUUAAUGGAGUCUCGGUCUCAUCAUAUGUGUCAGUGCACCCUGACAGCGGACUGAUUACAGCUGUGCGCUCUUUUGACUAUGAGACUCUGAAAGAUUUCCACUUCCGCGUAAAAGCGCAGGACGGAGGCUCUCCUCCGCUCAGUAGUAACGUGACAGUGAAAAUUACUGUUCAAGACCAGAAUGACAACGCUCCUCAGGUUCUGUAUCCAGUACAGACUGGUGCUUCUGUGGUGGCUGAGAUUGUGCCUCGUGCUGCAGAUGUGGGAUAUCUGGUCACUAAAGUGGUGGCUGUUGAUGUGGACUCUGGUCAGAAUGCCUGGCUCUCCUAUAAACUCCAGAAAGCUCCAGACAGAGCGCUGUUUGAAGUGGGUUUACAGAAUGGAGAAAUAAGAACUGUGCGACAAGUCACUGAUAAAGAUGCUGUCAAACAAAAACUCACUGUUGUUGUGGAGGAUAACGGACUGCCCUCUCGCUCAGCUGUGGUCUCCAUUAACGUGGCUGUGGCUGACAGCUUUCCUGAAGUGCUGUCAGAGUUCACAGACUCUACGCAUGAGAAACAAUAUAACGACAGCUUAACUUUUUAUUUAGUUCUGGCUCUGGCCGCUGUUUCUUUCCUAUUCAUCACUUGUGUGGUUGUGAUAAUAUCAGUUAAAAUCUACAGAUGGAGACAAUCUCGCUUCCUCUAUCAGUCCAAUCUGCCUGUUAUUCCGUACUAUCCAUCGCAUUACGCAGACACAGGAGUCACUGGAACUCUGCCGCAUGGCUAUAAUUAUGAAGUGUGCAUGACGACUGACUCAAGGAAGAGUGACUGUAAGUUUUCUACACUCGGGGGUCAGAGUGUUUUAGUGGUGGACCCCAGUUUUACUGAGACGAUGCAGCACACGAUCAAGAAAAGUAAUACUUCAGAAAGUGAAUAUUCAACAUCGUGUUAA